GAUGGGCUUGUGUCUUUUUUCAACCUGACUAACUAUGUAACAUUUUACUUGAUUCUACCAAUUAAAGAACAGUGCGCUCACUGCUUUAAACAUAACCACAGUUAUACAAGUUAGGAUUUUUUUUUUUUCCUUUUAACAAAGUUCUGUAAUAAGGAUGGGAAGACUUCCUGCACACUACUUCCUGUGUCCAUGGUAACCUUUUACAUCCUAUCCGGCUUCAUGAACCAAUGGGGAGUAUGGCAUUUCCUGCAUAACAAUUCAGUGUUUGGGAAAAAAAAAAGAUCUUGAGCUAGACACUGAAACUAAUUUUCUUCCAGGCAGUAUCAACAAAAAAAAAAUUGCAAGUAUACUUCUAAAAUGACAAUCCUUGGGCCAAAGCAAUUAUGAGCAGCAAACAAAGGUGCGUAUAUGGAUCAGAAAACAUCCUCACCCCACUGCAAGUCUCUUUGUGUAGCUAUAUCUUUCUGAUACUUUUGCAGAAGCUGGUCUUUUGCUGUCCCACUGUUUGCCAGAGCUGCACGGAGAAGCAGGUUAGUUGCCGCAGCUUGGGCCUAGCUGCUAUACCCAGAAACUUUCCAAAAACAGUGACUCUCCUUUAUUUAAGUGGCAAUAAUCUUACCAAUAUACUUCCUAAUGAGCUAACAGAUCAUACAGAGCUCGCUGUCCUUUAUUUGAACAAUUCAGGAAUUGUAUACAUACAUCCUAAAGCCCUCACUUCCCUAAAAAAACUCUACUACUUGUACCUCAACAGUAACUACAUUCAGCGCUUAGAUGCUGGAUUAUUUAAUGGUCUCUUCAGUCUCCACUAUUUACAUCUUCAACAAAAUCAGAUUGAUGUUCUUCCUCAAGGGUUAUUUCACCAGUUGAAAGCAGUCCGAUAUCUGUAUCUUCAGAACAACAAACUGCGUGUCCUCGGCAGUGAUAUAUUCUUUGGGAUGGUUAAGCUACACACCCUAAAUUUAUCCAGCAACAAUAUCUCACGGAUAUCUGACACAGCAUGGCGUCACUUGGACAACCUUGAACUUCUAUACCUUGACGGCAACCAUUUGAUUCAAGUACCUUCCAAUGCUCUGGGAUUACUUAAACGUCUCAAAAAACUUUCAUUGUCAAAUAACCAGCUUGGAUCAAUACACAGUUUUGCCUUCCAAGGUCUGGACUCAUUGCAGUAUUUGUUUUUAGAUAGUGCCAAUAUUAAAACCAUCAGUGGCAGGGCUUUUAGUGGACUUGGUAAUCUUAAACAACUAAGCUUAAGUCGAAAUGGGCUAUGGACCCUUGAUUCGAAAACUCUCACUCAUCUGAAUCAUUUGGUAAACCUGCAGCUGGACCUUAAUGGCAUAGCCUCUAUUGCGGAUGAUACAUUUGAAGAAAUGGGGCCAUCUCUAAAAGUUUUAAACCUUGGAUUUAAUAAAUUGACAUCUCUACAGCCUAAAGUGCUUCAGCCUUUGAUCUCUUUAAACUAUUUAUCGGCAAGUUAUAAUCCUUGGCACUGUGGGUGCAAUUUGUUGGGUCUCAGAAAUUUUCUGUUGUCUUCAUCAUAUAAAUUCAGCAUUCAUUGUGAGACUCCACCCCAACUGCAGAAACGACCACUGGGUAAUGUGAAGGUUUCUGAGUUUAAGAAUUGUGUUUUUACUACUACAGAUACUUCACCCCAAAAGGGUUCUCGGGCUACAACUGAAGUCAUGUACAGCCAUAUGAAAAGUUCCACAUAUGAACCACAUUUUAGUUCCCAAAGUAUGGAUUUGCUAUUUUCUACUGGAUCGACAUCUCCUAGAUUCAAUAGCAAUGAUACUCAGAGUAACACAACACAGAGCACCGAUGAGCAGUCACCUGAAGAUAUACUGCCUCCUCCACCAGUAGAUUUAACCAAGGACAGAGAAAGUUUUCUGCCACCAGACAUAGUUACAGUGUCCCUUAAACCCAUUGUGAUUUGCCAAAAUAAAUCCCAAAGCCUGAACCAUUCUUUUUACAUUUUACUCAUAUUUUUCUUGCUUUCUUGUGUGGCUAUUGUAGUUCUAACAUUUAAAGUAAUUUAUCUGAAGAGAAAACUCAGAACUCCUGAAAGCCAGGUAGACAGUGUGUUAGAAUAUUAUAGUUGUUAUCAGUCUGGAAGGUACCAGAUAACAGAUCCUUUACGGAUUUCACCUCUAAACCCUUUGCCGGGUCAUGAAAUUGACUUGAUAAGACCACUUAAACAGUCCCCUUCAGAUGCUCAGACUCAAGUCAUCUUGUUUGAACAUUCCGCCCUUUAGAAUCUGUUGCGUUGGACAAAAGGAAAUAUUGCAGUAUCAUUACUUAGGUUUGUUAAUUGGGAUAGAUAUUCAUUCUGUUAACUGAGUUUUCUUCUUCUAUUUCUUUUGUUUAUAUUUUAAAUGACAAAAUCAUUUCAACACAAAUAACAAAACACAUCAUAACAUUUAAUUGUCUAGCAUAUGUUCUGUAAUCAUAAUAUUUGCUGUACAGUAAGUCCCCUACAUACAAACGUUCAACUUGCAAACUUUCAAAGAUGGGAACGUGUUUGCACAGUUUUAUUUUCAUUCAACCGAGCAGGCUGAACAAAAAAACCUGACAGAUCGUUGUACCAACACAAGCAAUGUUGGUGCAACGAUCUCCCCUGCUGUUCUAUUGUGUUCUGACGGGGAUUCGGCGUGCCAGAACACACUGAUCAUUGCUUGCAGCCUUUGUCUGCAAGCUCUGAUCUUUGUUGUACUUGCGAACAAGUUGGAUUUUCAAACGAGCUCCGGGAACAGAGCUCGUUUGUAAGUAGGGGACUUACUGUAUUAUUUUUCCAUUAUUUUACUGUAUUAUGUGUUAAUUUUUUUUACUGGUGCCAAAAAUUAGGAAUUCAUCUUUUUUAUGAAAAAAAUGUAUGAUAAAAAACCAAAUUACCCUCUAAUAUUUUGCUAUUUUUCUAAUUUAUAUGAUAUGUUAAAGACAUGAGCUUUCCUUAGCUAGCUUAUUAGUAUUUCCCAACACAUGGCUGACUUCCUGUCCAGUAAUCCAAAAGAAAGAAUCCAGAGUUGCAUACAUUUUAAAUAUUUCAGGUUCAGAAAUAGUAAUUUUGCAUACAGAGGAGUCAAGCCACAAAGAUUAUUGCUCAGGUUGUGACUCUCAAAUUCAGAUAUCUUCUGACUAUAGAUAGUUGUAAAGUUCUGUGGGCUGUCUGCGAAUGAGAACAGGAAACAGAGCUGGGGCUAUAAUGUCAAUACAAAGUAACCUAUACUAUUUAUUUAAUUGGCCCUGUAGACCUGGACAGGGAUGUUACUAGCAUUCUAAAAGACUGUGGAUAACCUAAUAAACAAUAUGCAGCAAAUGGAAUGGAAUUUGGGGGCCUUUCACACCUUCAUGUCCAUUUUCACGGACUCUGCUGAUCCCCGCUGAGCCAGCAGAUGACAGGUCAAUGUCUGCUCACUGUGCAUGGAUGGACCAGUCAG